CAGCAACUAACGUUAGCCAUUUCUCUACACUGCGUUAGAUCACCUUCAGAGUCGUACAAGUCCUCUAUUGACUGUAGCAAAUCACGCGACUUUAUAGUAGGCUGUGAAGUAACACAUCGACGGGGAAUGAACACAUAGACCAGUUCGUUCGGAAAAGACGGAGAUGACUACCGAAAAAUACAGGUCACGAGAGCGAAAAGAUCCCAUGAGAACCACCAAAGUUCUGACCGUUGGGCUGUUCCUAAUGGUGAUGUUUAACAAUGUACGGAGCCAGCACGGACCGUGCUUUGAAUGCGAAGAAUACCGGAAUUCUCACCCAAGGUCUCACCCCUAUGAAAAGGUCAGAGGUCGGUGCUCUUAUCCGUGCCAUUGCCCACCGGGUAACCCUGUUUGUCCGCAAGGUGUAGCUGUUGUCACGGACGGCUGCGGCUGUUGCCCUGUUUGUGCUCGCCAGCAGGGAGAAGCCUGCGACAAAGUGAGUGUAUGUGAUCGUAAUAGAAGACUGCACUGUUUCUAUCCUACGCCUCUUGCGACCACAGGAAUAUGUAAAGUGGAUGAAGGAAUAGAUUGCCGAAUUGGAAGCGUCACCUACACGGACGGACAGACCUUUAAAUUGGACUGUAAAACCCAGUGUACGUGCCAAAAUGGGACAUAUGGGUGCGUGUCCUUGUGUCCCCACGAGAACGUCCGGCCGUCAGCCAAAUGUCGGAAUCCUCAACUUGUACCAGUUACCGGAGCAUGCUGUAGGGAGUGGCUCUGUGAACAGAGUCUGAGAGAAA